AUGAACUCCCAUACAUCAGGGUUCCUUCUUCCCCGUGUCACGCCUCGCCCCUCCUCGCACCUCCGCUUCGGUUCCCCGAGCACCUCUGUGGCGACUGGUGGAAGGAGUACGGUUCGUUCCUCCCCUCCUCACGCCUCGCACCCUCCUCUCACCUCCGCUUCGGAUUCCCCGAGCACCUCUGUGGCGACUGGUGGAAGGAGGUUCGUUCCUCCCCUCCUCACGCCUCGCACCCUCCUCUCACCUCCGCUUCGGGUCCUCUUCGGGUGUGGGGGGCUGGGGGACGCUCUGAUUGGUCUAGCCGCCGCGUUCACUGUAGCACUUUUGGACGGACGUGCCCUGAUUCUCAACCACCCGUGCUUGCCGCAAGCCUUUGACCCCGCCCACGUUGACUGGCGGUUGACCGACGAUGUCCCCAUGGAACCUUCCAGGAAAUACACGUACGUUCCGCCUCCUGACGUCGGCCCUUCUGCUGCUAAUUCACCACCGGCUGCUGGUGCUGCUGCAGGCAGUGAGGCAGACAGUGAGGCAGGGGCAGAGCCGGCAGACGCAGCGGUGCAGGCAGGGGAGGUGGUUCGGCUGAACCUCAAGAACCGCCAUGUGGACUUGCAGCCGCUCUUCUCCCGCCUCGCCCCCGCCGCCAACAUCCUGCUGCGCUGGAACCGCGGCGUGCUCACCCGGCUCUUCCUGGAGGCUUAUAACGCGGAUAGGGAGGCUUAUAACGCGGAUAACGGAGGGAAGGAGGAGGGAGGUGUGGGAGGAGAGUGGGGGAUGAGGGGCAGCAGGGAGUGGGCUUUAAGACCAAAGCCCGAGGUGUGGCAACUCAUCCGACCGUUCGAUCAGCAGCUGAGGGGCGAUCGGACGGUUGUGAUCGGCUUACACAUUCGAUUCGAGGACAGAGCAGUGUGGGGCGAGGGAGGGGAGGGCGCGCCGUUAUCACUCUCAGAGGAGCGAGUGAGGGCGAUGGUGGAAGAAGUCAAACCCACUCUUGAGUGUGCCAAGCGAGUGCAGGAGUGGCACGUCCCCUCCUCCCUCCCUGUCAAGUGGUUGCUCCUUUGCAACUCCAUGCAAGUCAAAGAGGCCAUUCGCAAGCAAUACCCGGAUAAGGUGGUAACCACCGACUUCACUCCCCGCCACGCCAACAGCAUGAGUGGGGAAGACACCACCAACCCAUCCCCAUCCAACUCAUCUCCCUCGUCUUCCUCCAACCCCUUCCUUGAGCUCAUAGCCGAGUGGCUGCUGCUAGCCUCCUCCCAUUUCUUCAUCAUUCCCAACUCGGGUUUCUCCCGCACAGCGCUGCUCUACUCCAUGCAUCCGGCAGGGUCUGCCUUUAUGCCGCCUGAUAACUGCUUCCCUGACGUGCCUGUUAGUCUCACAUGGCUCGGAACCACAUGGAGCAGAGUAUAA